AUGGGGAAAGCUAUCUAUGGUGAAACAACGCCACAUCCAGACAUUGCUUCAUCACUAAACAACAUUGGUAACUGUUGGAGUGGCCUUGGUGAUCAGAGGAAAGCUAUUAGUUAUUACGAACAGUCACUGAAGAUGAGGAAAGCUAUCUAUGGGGAAACAAGGAAAGCUAUCAGUUAUUACGAACAGUCACUGAAGAUGAGGAAAGCUAUCUAUGGGGAAACAACACCACAUCCCGACAUUGCUUCUUCACUCAACAACAUCGGGAAGUGUUGGAGUGACCUCGGUAAUCAGAGGAGAAGAAAAGCUAUCAGUUAUUACGAACAGUCACUGAAGAUGAUGAAAGCUAUCUAUGGUGAAACAACGCCACAUCCCGACAUUGCUAAAUCACUAAACAACAUCGGGACAUGUUGGAGUCUCCUUGGUGAUCAGAGGAAAGCUAUCAGUUAUUACGAACAGUCACUGAAGAUGAAGAAAGCUAUGUAUGGCGAAACAACGCCACAUCCCCACAUUGCGUCAUCACUAAACAACAUUGGGGCAUGCUGGAGUGACCUUGGUGAUAAGGGGAAAGCUAUCAGUUAUCACGAACAGUCCCUGAAGAUGAGGAAAGCUAUCUAUGGCGAAACAACGCCACAUCCCGACGUUGCGUUAUCACUAAACAACAUUGGGACAUGUUGGAGUCGUCUUGGUGAUCAGAGAAAAGCUAUCAGUUAUUACGAACAGUCACUGAAGAUGAGGAAAGCUAUCUAUGGCAAAACAACGCCACAUCCCGACAUUGCGUCAUCACUACACAACAUCGGGGCAUGUUGGCAUGAAUUCGGUGAUCACAGUAAAGCCAUGCAGUAUUACCAACAGUCUUUGAAUAUGAUGAAAUCCGGGGACAAUCCGGCACAUCCCAUCAUUGCAAUAGUACUAGACAACAUUAGAUCAUGUAAAAGUGCCCUCCACGAGUAGAGUAAAGCCGUUAGUAAUAGUAGUUAUAGCAAAUCGUCACUCAGGACUAGCUAACUAUGGAGACACUACUGAACACCUCCACUCUGCCUUGCCAUAUCAUGUCAUUACAUAGCUAUACUGCUCACAAAAUGUAUACUCGGUAUGGUGGC